AAAAAUAUUUAAAGGAAAAGAUAAGUUAGAAGAAGAUAUGAAAAAUGAUGAAGAAAAUAAUAUGAAUCAAUUAUUACAACAUGAAUUAAUAAUCCCAGAAAUAGAAACCCAGUUGACUAAGUGGACUCUUCCAAAGUUAAAAAUAUCUACUAUAUAUGAAAAAGAAUGGACUUCAAAAUUUACCUCUGAAUAUGUAAUAAAAACAGUAGAUAAAGAAAUUGAACUUAAAACGAGCCAUGAACAAAUCCCAUUAAUAACCAAAUCAUUAAUAGUCGAACACAUAAAAAAUUAUAAAUACAUGCAUAUAGGUUCCAUUCAAAUUGCAAUUAAACCUUUGUUUAGGCUAGGAAUGGAUACUCCGAUGUUUGUAGCUUUAAGAGAUAAUAGGCCAACUGAACUUGAAAAUCAGAUUUUAGCCAUGUUUGAAACUAAUCUACAUCAAGGACCAGUGUAUAUUAAUAAUUAUCCAAAUUAUUCAGUAGCUCUUAAAAGUUUUCAUAAUACUGAAAAUAAUUUAAUAUUAGAUGUUAAAAUACUUGAAAAUAAAUGGAAUAAAAACUCAUAUCCAGUAGCAGUUAUAUAUAGAAUAUAUUAUAAAGUCAUGAAAACACAUUUAGCUCCUAGAGCUUUAUUAAUGUCUCCUAAAGAUGAAACUACUAUGCUUCUAAUAAAUCCUGAAAAAAUAAGUGCAGUAGUUCCUAAAACUUUAAAGCAUAAUGAAAUAACCACUGGAUUAAAAUGGAGAAUAGAAGAUAUAUUAAAACCAGAUCCUCCCGAUCCUGUAGAAAUAGAAGAAAUAAUUGAAUAUAAAUCAGGAGCAGUAGAAGUUUCUUUCACUCCAUUAAGAAGAAUAAAUUCUUUAAAGAUAGGGGAAAGUUCAAAAGCAUCCCCGCAAACUUUUCAUACAGCAAGAAGAUCAUUAGAUAGGCCUAGUUUUACUUAUCAUAAAACUAUGAAUCUAAAAGGAAUAAGACCCAAUCCUACAAUACCAUUUCCAGAAUAUGAAUGGGAAAAACCUAAACUCCUAAUUCUCCUUCAAAUACAGAAUUAUCUGAAGAAGAACAAAUAGAUCCCUCUUUAAAUGUAAUUAAAAAAUUUGAAAUAAAUAAAGAGUUAUUAAAACAAGAAUUUUUAGUAAAAGAAAAUAAAGAGAAAAGACAAUGGUUUUUUGAUACUUUUACCCAAGAAGAAUUAAAAAAAUUUAGAGAAAAAUAUUAUGAUUAUUUAGAAGAAAUUCAAGAAAAUAUUCCUUAUUUUUCUUGGUUUCAAGAAAAUUGUUUUAAAAAUUUAUCUAUAAAUGUUUUAAAAAAUGCUGAAAAAAUAUGGAAAACUAAAUCAGGAGAAAAAAUAAGUGAAAUACCUCCUUUAGAAGAAGUUAGAUUUCCAAAUAUAGAAAAUAAAGAAGUAGUAGCAUCACCAUUUAAAAUGAUAGGAAAAA